GUGCUGGAAGUGGUGCCGAGGCCACCCUAUAACGUCACUGACCCUGGCUCAUUCCGAAGUGCGAACGAGUAGUGUCGAAAAGGGCGGAGAAGUCAUGUGACGUUGCGCAGGAUCGCGUCACGUCAUCGGCCUGUGAGAGUGAGAGGCUGAUCGAGGUGAGCGAAGGCGAUGAACGGCGACGCUCAGGGCGAACUCCAAGAAUGUGGCACCGGCAGCGAAUAUGGAAGCGGGAGCGAGGAGACGGCGGCUUUGUUGAGCCGCCCGAGCGUAACACCCCUCGUGGUCGCGCCCCAGGGCGUCGUCGUCCUCGGUGGCGCCUCCUCCUCAUCCUCGGGGAGCGUGAGCGUCGGCCAAUCGAACAAUGUCGGGACUUCGGGGCCCAUCGUCCAAACCAACACCUCCGCGGUAUCUGGCCAGGGCAACAAACCUGUCCUCCAGAGGCAGGAUCGCGCAACCUACCUCGUGGCCUCGCCCCAGCUCUCGGUAUCGGGCUUGGGUGGCUCCGAGGAGAGUGGCACCGGCAUCGAAGAUCCAGCUACGCGGUCCGUCCCCGAUAUCGAACUCCAUUGUAGACUGGACGAGCAGCCUCCUAUGCCUGCUAUGCCAACGAUCUAUCAUGCAGGACAUUAUAGGCCCAGACAGAGUCACACCUACAGAUGUAGAUGUGAUAGGAGAGAUUCCUUGGCUCCUUCAUCAGCCUUGCAUCUCGCAAGGAGUGUUUCCAGGGAGAGCGUCCGAAGUGGCCACCACUGCUGCCCAUGCCAGACGACCCUCUCCUCGAGCAUAAUCGGCCCGUACGGCGGCGGCUCAGGCAGUACCCUGCCCCCGGCAGUCCUCGUCACCAGCUCGCCGACCGUUCGCAUGAUUCGCCAGAGUUCCCAGCCGGAGGCGGCCACCGGCACUGGCGGCUCCUCCGGCAACUGCUGCUGCUGCUGCGCGGGUUGUAGCUGCCCCCUGCAUACGGGCGCGAGUGGCGUCGCAACGCCGAGCGCCGCCUCGCUGCGGCAGCUUCGGGAACCCGGCGACGGCAUCGCCGGUAUAGCCGCCGACUCUUUACGGAUCAAUGGCGGCAUUAGGCAGUUCCGGCAGCUACGGAAGCCGGCGUCAACCCUCUCGAUCCCCGGGGAGAUGAAGAGCAGCAGUAUGGGGGGCGGCGGCGGUGGCGGUGGUGGCGGUUCCGUGGGCGAGGACGCCGCCAUAGCCCUCGUCGGCGUCCACGGGGACUAUCAGAGGGGCUGCGUCGACGAGCGGACCCUUUCAGUAGCCGGGGGGAUCGGCGGUGUCGGCGGCAUCGGCGUCAAAGGCACGUCCGGCAGCAUCGGCGCGGCCUCCAAGCACAAGCCCAACGUCGGCUACAGGCUCGGAAGACGAAAGGCCCUCUUCGAGAAACGCAAACGCAUCAGCGAUUACGCCCUCGUCAUGGGCAUGUUUGGCAUCAUUGUCAUGGUCAUCGAGAACGAACUCUCCAGCGCUGGAGUAUAUAGCAAGGCCUCUUUUUACUCGACUGCACUAAAAACCUUGAUCUCUGUAUCGACUGUGAUACUUCUUGGCCUCAUAUUUGCUUAUCACGCUUUGGAAGUUCAGUUAUUCAUGAUCGAUAACUGUGCGGACGACUGGCGCAUCGCAAUGACGUGGCAGCGCAUCUCGCAGAUUUCGGUGGAGUUGGCGAUUUGCGCGGUGCACCCGAUACCGGGCGAGUACUACUUCCUGUGGACGACGAAGCUGGCAAACAAGGGAGGCGACAUUGGCUCCAAGUGGGUGCCCUACGACGUAACGCUUUCCUUGCCAAUGUUUUUGCGACUUUACCUCAUAUGCCGUGUCAUGCUGUUGCACUCCAAACUCUUCACGGACGCCUCAUCGCGGAGUAUCGGCGCCCUCAACCGUAUCAACUUCAACACGCGCUUUGUGCUAAAGACACUCAUGACUAUAUGCCCCGGUACGGUGCUGCUCGUCUUCAUGGUCUCCCUCUGGAUCAUCGCCUCUUGGACUCUAAGGCAAUGUGAAAGGUUCCACGACGAAGAACACGCCAAUCUUCUUAAUGCAAUGUGGCUGAUCGCCAUCACCUUCCUCAGUGUGGGCUUCGGUGAUAUCGUACCCAAUACCUAUUGCGGCCGAGGUAUCGCCGUAUCAACUGGAAUGAUGGGCGCCGGCUGCACGGCUCUGCUCGUUGCCGUCGUCUCGAGGAAGCUGGAGCUGACGAGGGCCGAGAAGCACGUUCACAAUUUCAUGAUGGACACACAACUGACGAAGCGGUUAAAAAACGCGGCUGCGAAUGUUUUGCGCGAGACGUGGCUGAUCUACAAACACACGCGACUGGUAAAAAGAGUCAAUCCUGGACGUGUACGCACUCAUCAACGAAAAUUUCUCUUGGCAAUUUAUGCAUUACGGAAAGUAAAAAUGGACCAACGGAAGCUAAUGGACAAUGCCAACACGAUAACUGAUAUGGCAAAGACACAAAACACCGUUUACGAGAUCGUUUCUGACAUGAGCAGUCGCCAAGAUGCACUGGAGGAGCGUCUCAUCGGUCUCGAGGAGAAAUUGACUUCGCUCCAGGAGCAACUGGAGAUGCUGCCGGAGGCCCUCACCCGCUGCAUAGCCCAGCACGCUGAGCGCUUGGAGCAGAGACGGAACUUCCUGCACCCGGACACGGCGGCAGGAAGCCUCGCUCCGACUCCCGCGAGCGGCGUCGCGAGUGGUCCUAUGAUUGGUAGCGUUCUCAUCGGCUCGACGAGCGCAGCCACGAGUUUCCCGGGUUUUGCGAGCAUCGGCGCCAGCGGUUCCAUCGUCGGAUCCAACUCGCUCCAACAGCAGCAGCAGCAACAGCAACAACUCGUCAAUGUCACUGGCCUAGGUGGUAACAACCUGCUGCCACACUCGCGGAGUGUACAAAGCGGACCGAGUACGGUCUCCUUGCACCCGUGGCCAGUAUCGCCGGUGUUACCACCCGUAUCCAGUAGAACGCCCCAUCUGAUACCGGAAACAGGUAGUGGCAGGCAGUCCCAGCAGUCCCAAUAUGCAAGCACCUCCCAGUCGGUCUCGAGGUUACCCACGCAGCAGCAGCAGUCAGGGAUCUCGGGUUUAGGUACGAGCCAAGGCUCAGAUUCAUCCCCCCACAGCUGAGCCUCGUCCUUGCAGCCGCAGCAUUCUUAUUAAGUGGGGAGAAAUUACGU